GUAACAUUGUGGACUUAACCUCAAUGUGAAUCAUGUCUCUGCCUACCCAAAGGGAGAUUUUAAAGCUCUAUAAAAAUCUUUUAAGAUACGGCGAACAGCUGAAAUAUACUGACAAAACUUAUUUCUUCAGACGCAUCAGAAAAGAAUUUAAAACCCACAAGAAUAUCACCGAUGAAGCUGAUGUAAAUUUCAAAUUUGAGAAGGGUAUUAUUCUACUCCUCAGACGAACAGUGCAAUAAUGUUUCAACGACUUAGGCUAGUUGUUUGUAGUGUUAAUUUUAGGUUGUUAAGCUCUAAAAAACAUAUAGACUAUUCGCAAGUGCCAGCUCUAAAUGAACAAGAUUUAGAAGAAAAACAGGUCAAGGGAUCUGGACCUGGUGGGCAAAAAGUCAACAAAACCUCUAGCUGCAUAGUCUUGAAACAUAUUCCAACUGGAAUUGUAGUAAAAUGCCAAGAAACAAGGUCAGUACUACAGAAUAAGAAGAUAGCCAGGCUACAUCUAAUAACAAAACUUGACAACACAAUUAAUGGGGAAAAUAGUGUAGAAGCUCAGAUUAAACGAUUGGAAAACAAAAAGCGAGGCUGCAAUGAGCAAAAACGCGAAAAGUUGAAUCAACUUAAACAAAAAUGGAAAGAGUUACAAAAUAUAGAAUGAAAAACAA